ACCAAAAAUGAUCAGAACUGGUUCAGAAAGUGAUUUCUUUGGUGUUCAGCAAUACUGUAACUAUCCAGAAGUUUCGAAAAAUUUCAAAACCUGUUUACUGUCGGAUGAAGAUGAUCAGAGCUUUGACAGUUCGAGUGGGCUUCCAAGUUGCACUUUGGAUGUUUCUGACACCCAAAGUCAACAGAGAGUGUCUCGUACUCGAGAUGUUUCUCCGUCGCUUGGGAACUUUCUCAAACUGUCCCUAACAUCGGAAGAGGAUGAAGAUACAACAGAUGUUGAGGACGAUUCACAUGAUUCCAUAGAUCAGGUCUCCAACAAAGAAGAAAAUGUUGAUGAAGAAUAUCAGCCGAUGCUUCAAAAGUAUUUUGGAGACAAAACAAAUUUAGACCCAGAAGGAUGGAUUAAGUAUGCUUCAGAUUCAGAUCCUUGGAAUGAAAAUUUGUAUUCACAAUUUGCUGAUGAAAAUGGUGCUUUACGAUAUGGUAUUUUAACACUUGAGGAGAUUUCUAAGCGCUCAAGCAAUCUUAUUCAACUUCCUGACAACAAAGCAUUUGUUUUCUCCAGACUUCAUAUAAAUAAAAUGGACCUAGAAGACAUAUCUGUCAUGUCAAACUGCAGAUACUUUCUCUACAUUGACAUGUCUCAUAAUUUAAUCAGUGACCUCAACGGAUUAAAUCAUUGUAACUAUCUUAUGUAUCUGAAUGCAUCUCACAACAAGAUCAAGAAAGUGUUGGAUUUUCAACCCCCUUGGUUCUUAACUCAUGUAAAUCUUUGCUGUAAUGAGAUUAAGGAAAUCGGAACGGGAAAUAUUUCAGCCUUUUGGUCCCUGAAACAUCUUGAUCUUUCAUAUAAUUUAAUUGAGAAAAUUGAAGGACUAGAGGGCUUGAGAUAUUUGCAGCACCUCAACCUAUCGCACAACUACAUUCAACAAGUAGAAAACCCCCACUGUCACAGUCUGCAAGAGCUUAACCUGUCUUAUAACCGAAUAACAGGUAUUGACAAUGAAGACAAAUGUGUGGAAACUUUGGAAAACCUGAGAGAACUCAAUCUUGCACACAACAAUUUGUCAUCAUUACAUAAUUUGGAGAACUUAAAGUCUUUGAAGAGCCUGAAUGUCAGUGAGAAUAAGAUAACAGACUUUAAUGAAAUAUAUAAACUUGAUGGAUUAAAGAAGCUCAGAGAGAUAAAGAUGACAGGCAAUAGUGUAUGUGCAAGACAAGGAUACAGGGAGUUCCUGAUAUUUAAACUGUCUUCCUUAGAAGUACUUGAUUCUGUUCCUGUUAAUUUCCAAGAGAGAGUAGCUUCAAGAAUGCUUUGGGAACCAGAUGUAUUUACAAGAAAAACUCAUUUACGUGCUAAAUUAGAACUAUGGAAUCAGUUAGCGACACAAACAGUAGAUAUAACCACGACUCCGUAUAAUGACCCGCCAAUUUCCUUGGUUGCUUUGGUUGGAACCUUUGGAAGCAACAAAAAAGAUAUUGCAAAGAGUUUAGAAAUGAAAUUUCCAGACCAGCUUUAUAGAUGUGAACAAAUUACAAACAUACCUAUACAAAACGAUGAUGAUUACAAGUCAGUUUCAAUGGACUGUUUUAAUAAUUUGAUCAAGGAUGGUAAACUUUUAUUCUACUACAAAGAAAUCGGAGGUUUAUUCGGAGUGGGUAUCGACGAGCUCAGCAAAUGCAUAGCUGAAAAUAAAAUAGGAAUAAUAGAAACAACACUGGAAGGAGCUCUGGUUCUGAGACACACAGCUUGUCAUCCACACUUGGUCUUGUGUGUGGCAGAGGAUACGAAUAGUUACAAGGAGAAACUAAACACAUUUUUCACUGAAUCAAAUCUGUGGAACAGGUUUAACUCAUCCUUAAAUAAAUGUUUUGUUGACUCAUUUGAAGAUCUUGAAGGAAAUGAAACAUCUUCAGUUCAAUUUGAAACAGCUGAUGAAUCUACAACAAAGUUUCCUACUUCAAAUUUGAGUUACCAGUCUGUCCUAGUUUCAGAGACAAACCUUUCGAGUCAGCAACGUACUACAAAUCAGUCGCACUUAUCUGAUGUGAGAGCUACCACAAAUUACCAAGAUGAUACAAGUGACGAGUUCAAGUGGGAGUGGACCUACGAGCCCAGUGUCGUCUACGAUGUUGAGCCGAGCGAAAGCCACCAGAACAUGCUCAGAGGUAGAGAGACGUUUGUACAGAACAUGUUGUACCAACAGGACAUGUAUGUGGAGAUGAACAAUGCUCAUCCUUCCUUGUUUGCCGCAACUGUUUAUUCUGAUGACGUUGAAAAAGCAGCAAAACAAGUUGGAAAAACUUGCUGUAACAUUUAUAACAAGAGAGGACAGUUAAUUAAAUCUGAAACAAUUCUUAACCAACCAGUUUGCAGGAACUAUGUUGAAGCGAGAGUUCAAUCUUUACUGAAGGACUUGGUCAAUAUCCCAUCUUGUGUAUAAUGUACUUCGUCUUUAGUGGUGAAACUUGUAUUCCACAGUCACAAUAAAAAUCUACGUUCAGA